AUGCAAUACGCGAGAAAUCAAUGGACUCUGUUUAGCAAGCGAACAAGUCUCAUCCUUCAAACCACUCGAACCAUACACACUACCGGGCCUACCCCUGUCCAUCUUCCACCGCCGAUAGCUCCGUCCGUAACAGACACCGCCAACUCAUCUUUCCUUUUCUACACGCACACCUCUGACAGGACCAAGCCGAGCAAUAACGAGGAACAGCCCUUUUAUAAGGAGCGAGUGGAGGUAAUUAGGUGGGGAGAGGAAGAUGAUACUGCCACGGUGGGAUUGCCCAGGAAAGACCUGAGAGAAGAGAUCAAGAAG